AUGAAUUGCUGCUCGGCCCUCCCAUCGGCUCACACCCCGGGCGGGCGAGGAGGGGCUGCCGAGAGGGUGGGCAGCCGCAGGAUCCGGAGGGAAUAUCGAGACGCGAAGAAAUUCCGCAGGCGCGUCGGGAGGAGCGGCCGAGGUAGCCCGGGGGCGGGCGGGCACGGCCGAGGGCUCCUUCCCCCAGCGCUUACACGGGAAGAGGAGCGGAGAAGAGAGGGAGAGGGGAGAGGUCAGCGCCCUGCGCUUUCCCACGAGGACAAUGCUUUCCCCACACGAAAUCAGGGGGGUCGGUGGAGAGAAAGAACCUCGGUGUUCGGGACGGGGGGGAGGUGGGAGGCCCCCCCUGCUUGCCCGGCCUCGCCGCCUCUCCGACCCACGCCGCUCCCCUCGGUUUUUCCGCACCAUGUCAACACCUCACCCGGCGUGAACCUGGAACAAUGGAGGCCGCCAAGAGGGGGAGAAAAAGCCACAACGAAAUGGGGAAUUUGCAAAAUACCUAUUUGCAGAGGCGGGGGGAGAGUGGUUAGACGAGGGGCUCACGCCCCCUCGCAGCCCCCUCGCCCCUCGGAAAGGCCGAUUCAGGCCGCCUGCUGCGCACCCCCCGCGCCGGGCGUGCGAGCGGGCAGCGCCGUCUGCCUCCCAAUCCACAUCGCAAUCCACAUCCCAAUCCACAGUCCCGCUGGCCCCCGCAGCCCCCACAGCCCCCGAGCGGAGCUGCGGCCGCGGAGCCGGAGCGCGCCCCUUCCAGCCGGGACCGGGCUUCUCGGGCUCCGUCUCCCCACCGGCGCCCCGGGGCCGCGGCCCGGCCCGGCUCCGUUCUUUUGUUUUCGGACGGUGUCUCCCGCACUUUGAACCCCCGCGGCGUGCCCGAGUCCCCGGCCGUCACAGGGGAGU